AUGGGUACCUCGAAUACACAUCGUAGAUUUGAGUUGCAUGGUUUUUCAGACGCUUCAGCAGCAGCAUAUGCGGCAGUGGUUUAUGGUAGAGUUGUGCAAUCCGAUGAUGAAGUCAAGGUUUCGUUGAUUAUGUCAAAAACAAAGGUAGCGCCUUUAAAACAAGUAACGCUCCCACGUUUAGAGUUAUGUGCUGCUCUUCUGCUGACAAAACUUUAUCCCUCUGAUGGCUAUCCCCUCAGCCCUGGCCAUUUCUUGAUUGGCCGACCUCUCACGGCACCGGUGUGUGAAAAUUACCUGCAACACUUACCUGUACACCGGUUGAGCCGCUACCAGAGAGUGGAACAGCUGCGGCAGCAGUUUUGGAUGCGCUGGGCUAGAGAGUAUAUCUCGGAGCUACAAAUCAGAGCUAAGUGGAGGGAAAAUACGGCAGAAUUGAAGCCUGAUACGCUUGUCCUUGUCAAAGACGUGGCUCUUCCGCCGUUGAAAUGGCCACUUGGUCGCGUGGUGAAGACAAUUCCUGGUGAAGAUGGCAUCUCCAGAGUGGCGGACAUCAAGACAGCAUCAGGCGUCAUAAGACGGUCUUACACAAAGAUCUGUCCACUUGUAAGGGAUCAAUAG